AUGGAGACAGUGGAGAAAUUUAACAAGGUCGAAAAGCCACAGUGCUGCAAGUUCAGAAUCAGACUGGAGACUAAUGGUAAUAGGCAAGCCGAACUCCUCAACUCCUAUUACACUUCUGCCAUUAUAGACAAGGAGGUCGAUCUUCAGCCCAGGAAGAGUAGAGCUAAGACUUGUAAGAGGAAAUUGAAACUCAAGAUAGACUAUAUACUUGACAUUGUUUGGUUUGACUUGGCAUGUACUGUUUAUUAUGCAGCGUCUGUGGAGGCUUCUGGUGAAAUUGCAUUAUGCAAGACUGGAUUUCCUGAAGAUGUUUACAGUGCAGUCUUACCGAAGGAUGUGCACAAAGGACAGCCUCUUCUCAAUGUGAAAUUCAGCAACUGCAAUCGAAAAAGGAAAGUUCAGUAUGAGAGCAGCGAGCCAGCAGAUUUCAAGGUGGAUGAGGACGGCACGGUGUAUGCUGUGAGAAGCUUCCCUCUUACCGCAGAGCAGGCAAAGUUCCUGAUAUAUGCCCAAGACAAAGAGACCCAGGAAAAGUGGCAGGUAGCCGUAAACCUGAGCCUGGAGCCAACCCUCACUGAAGAGCCUGCGAAGGACCCACAUGAAAUCGAAGAAAUAGUAUUCCCCAGACAACUCGCCAAGCACAGUGGUUCCCUCCAAAGGCAGAAGAGAGACUGGGUCAUCCCGCCAAUCAACUUGCCAGAAAACUCCAGAGGACCCUUUCCUCAAGAACUUGUCAGGAUCAGAUCAGAUAGAGAUAAAAAUCUGUCCCUGAGGUACAGUGUCACUGGGCCAGGAGCUGACCAGCCUCCGACGGGCAUCUUCAUUAUCAACCCCAUCUCAGGACAGCUGUCUGUCACCAAGCCUCUGGAUCGCGAGCUGAUAGCACGGUUUCAUUUGAGGGCACAUGCAGUGGACAUCAAUGGCAAUCAAGUGGAGAACCCCAUCGACAUUGUCAUCAAUGUCAUUGACAUGAAUGACAACAGACCUGAAUUUCUGCACCAGGUUUGGAAUGGGUCUGUUCCUGAGGGAUCAAAGCCUGGGACAUAUGUGAUGACGGUCACUGCUAUUGAUGCAGAUGACCCAAAUGCCCAGAAUGGGAUGCUGAGGUACAGGAUCCUGUCCCAGGCUCCCAGCACGCCUUCACCCAACAUGUUUACAAUCAACAAUGAGACUGGGGAUAUCAUCACUGUGGCAGCUGGUCUGGAUCGAGAGAAAGUGCAACAGUAUACGUUAAUAAUUCAGGCCACAGACAUGGAAGGCAAUCCCACUUACGGCCUUUCAAACACAGCCACGGCGGUCAUCACAGUGACAGAUGUCAAUGACAAUCCUCCGGAGUUUAUGGCCAUGACGUUCUACGGCGAAGUCCCUGAGAACAGAGUGGAUGUCAUUGUAGCCAACCUGACCGUCACUGACAAAGAUCAGCCCCACACACCAGCUUGGAAUGCGGUCUACAGAAUCAGCGGUGGAGACCCUACGGGGAGAUUUGCCAUCCAGACAGACCCCAACAGCAACGAUGGGCUGGUCACUGUGGUAAAACCAAUUGACUUUGAAACGAAUAGGAUGUUUGUCCUUACUGUAGCUGCAGAAAACCAAGUGCCAUUAGCGAAGGGAAUUCAGCACCCACCCCAGUCGACAGCUACUGUGUCUGUGACAGUUAUUGAUGUCAAUGAAAACCCUUAUUUUGCCCCAAAUCCCAAAAUCAUUCGCCAAGAAGAAGGCCUCCACGCCGGUACCAUGCUGACCACACUCACGGCUCAGGACCCCGAUCGAUAUAUGCAGCAGAGUAUCAGGUACACAAAAUUAUCUGACCCUGCCAAUUGGCUGAAAAUAGAUCCUGUGAAUGGGCAGAUCACUACAAUUGCUGUUUUGGAUAGAGAAUCACCAAAUGUAAAAAACAACAUAUAUAAUGCUACCUUCCUUGCUUCUGACAAUGGCAUCCCUCCGAUGAGUGGAACAGGAACACUACAAAUCUACUUACUUGAUAUCAAUGACAACGCCCCUCAGGUGUUACCUCAAGAGGCUGAGACUUGUGAAACUCCAGAACCCAAUUCAAUUAACAUCACAGCACUUGAUUAUGACAUCGAUCCAAAUGCUGGGCCAUUUGCUUUUGAUCUUCCUUUAUCUCCGGUGACUAUUAAAAGAAACUGGACCAUAACCCGGCUUAAUGGUGAUUUUGCUCAACUCAAUUUGAAGAUAAAGUUUUUGGAAGCUGGUAUCUAUGAAGUUCCCAUCAUCAUCACAGAUUCAGGGAAUCCUCCCAAGUCCAAUAUUUCCAUCCUGCGUGUGAAGGUUUGCCAGUGUGACUCCAAUGGAGACUGCACAGAUGUGGACCGGAUUGUGGGGGCAGGGCUCGGCACUGGCGCCAUCAUCGCGAUUCUGCUUUGUAUCAUCAUCCUGCUGAUCCUUGUCCUCAUGUUUGUGGUAUGGAUGAAACGCCGGGAUAAAGAGCGCCAGGCCAAGCAGCUUUUAAUUGACCCAGAAGAUGAUGUAAGAGAUAAUAUUUUGAAAUAUGAUGAAGAAGGUGGAGGAGAAGAAGACCAGGACUAUGACUUGAGCCAGCUCCAGCAACCAGAUACUGUAGAGCCUGAUGCCAUCAAGCCUGUGGGGAUCAGACGGCUAGACGAGAGGCCCAUCCAUGCCGAGCCACAGUACCCUGUCCGAUCUGCAGCCCCACACCCUGGGGACAUUGGGGACUUCAUCAAUGAGGGCCUUAAAGCUGCUGACAACGACCCCACAGCUCCGCCGUACGACUCGCUCUUGGUCUUCGAUUACGAGGGCAGCGGCUCCACGGCCGGCUCCUUGAGCUCUCUCAACUCCUCCAGUAGCGGCGGGGACCAGGACUAUGACUACCUGAAUGACUGGGGACCCCGCUUCAAGAAGCUGGCCGACAUGUACGGUGGCGGCGACGACUGACCGACCGGCAGGACGGGACGGACUUGGCUUUUGGACAAGUACGAACAGUUUCACCUGAUAUUCCCAAAAAGCAUACAGAAGCUAGGCUUUAACUCUGUAGUCACUAGCACCGUGCUUGCUGGAGGCUUUGGCGUAGGCUGCGAACCAGUUUGGGCUCCCAGGGAAUAUCAGUGAUCCGAUACUGUCAGCUACACUUGAAUUUUACAGUACAGAAGCACUGGGAUUUUAUGUGCCUUUUUGUACCUUUUUCAGAUUGGAAUUAGUUUUCUGUUUAAGGCUUUAAUGGUACUGAUUUCUGAAACAAUAAGGAAAAGACAAAAUAUUUUGUGGCGGGAGCAGAAAGUUAAACGUGAUAUGCUUCAA